AUGAGCGGAGCUCCAAAAACAAAAGGAGCUCAAUCUUCUAGAAUGAAGACAAACAAGAAAGACGAGGAGUCAGGCGGAAACGUCUAUGCCCACCUAGACAAAACUUCGGUGCUGCAGGAAUGCCGUGCUUUCAACGAAACACCGAUUAAUAUCAAAAAAUGCACCCAUAGCCUGACUAAGUUGAUCUACAUCAUUCAGCAAGGAGAACCGAUCGGAAGAACUGAGGCUACGGAAGCCUUCUUCGGAGUAACGAAGUUAUGGCAAAGCAAAGAUGUGAAUCUUCGUCGGAUGAUUUACUUGGCUGUGAAAGAACUGGCUGAAGUCUCCGAUGAUGUUAUCAUUGUGACCUCUAGUCUCACCAAAGACAUGACCGGAAGAGAAGAUUUGUACAGAGCCGCAGCCAUACGAGCUCUUUGCAAAAUCACGGACACCGGAAUGUUGCAAACUAUCGAGCGAUACAUGAAACAGGCUAUCGUCGAUCGUAACAGCGCAAUUUCAUCAUCCGCAAUUGCUUCAUCUAUUCAUCUUAUGCGUAAAUCUUCCGAAGUUGUUCGUCGCUGGGCCAAUGAAGUUCAAGAAGCUGUCUCAUCUGACAAUCACAUGGUUCAAUAUCAUUCUCUUGCUCUUCUCUAUCAAAUCCGUGCCAAUGAUCGCCUUGCUGUUAACAAACUUGUACAAAAGUUCAGUAAGAACGCUCUUCGAAGUCCAUACGCCGUGUGCUAUCUCAUCCGUAUCGCCACCAGAUGCCUUGUAGAUGAUGACCAACCAGAUUCUUCAGUCUUCACAUUCAUCGAGUCAUGCCUCCGCCACAAGAGCGAGAUGGUUGUCUAUGAAGCAGCUAGAGCUAUUGUUUCUCUUCCCCAGACAACACCGUCAGAAAUUCAACCAGCCAUCACUGCUCUUCAGAUGUGCUGCACAUCGCCUAAAGCUGCUGUCCGCUUCGCCGCAGUUCGUACGCUCAACAAGGUGGCAAUGGCUCAUCCAAACGCUGUUAUGAGCUGCAACGUGGACCUCGAAAAGUUUAUCACUGAUUCAAACAGAUCUAUUGCAACUCUUGCAAUCACAACUCUGUUGAAGACUGGUGCCGAGUCCAGUGUAGAGAGACUGAUGCAACAAAUUUCUGGAUUCGUCAACGAAAUUUCUGACGAAUUCAAGAUUGUUGUUGUCGACGCCAUUCGUUCUCUUUGUUCUCGCUAUCCACGCAAGCAUACAGUCAUGAUGCCAUUCCUAGCUAAGAUGCUUCGCAAUGACGGCAGCUAUGAUUACAAAAAAGCUAUCGUCGAGACUAUCAUUGCUAUCAUCGAGGAGAAUCCAGACGCUAAAGUUGCUGGUUUGGCUCAUUUGUGCGAGUUCAUUGAGGAUUGUGAGCACGAUAAUCUUUCUACUCGAGUACUCCAUCUAUUGGGAAGAGAAGCACCAAAAACCCCUAACCCAUCGAGCUACAUCCGUUUUAUCUACAAUCGUGUGAUCCUGGAGAGCACAAAGGUUCGAGCAGCUGCAGUUACGGCGCUUGCAAAGUUCGGAGCUCAGUGUUCUGAUCUCCGCCCUUCGAUCCAGGUUCUCCUUAAGCGAUGCCUUUUGGAUUCUGACGAUGAAGUUCGAGACCGUGCCACAUUCUACCUGAAAAUGUUGACAGAAGCAUCUGAGUCUCUUAUUCAUAACUUCAUUCUGGAUGGCCUUCAAGUAUCACCAUCAGGUCUUGAGCUCAAAAUUUUGGAUUAUCUCCGCUCUCAAACAUAUUCUUCACCAUUCGAUUUGCGAACGGUUCCAGUUACUCAGCAAGCUCUUUCCCAACCAGAAAAACGUGUUCCACAACUUGUUGAAGAAGAGGAGAAGCCGAAAGCUCCGAAGGUCGAGCCUUAUGCUGCACAGCUCGCCGCUAUCCCUCAAUUCGCUGCUCUUGGUCCAGUUUUCAAGUCAUCUGCUAGAAUCGCGCUCACCGAAUCUAUUGCUGAAUACACUGUUCACAUGAUCAAACACACAUUCGCCAACGCCAUGGUCUUGCAGUUCGAAUGUAAAAACACAAUGAAUGACCAACUUCUUCUUGACGUAUCUGUUGAAUUGGAAGAUCCAGAUGGCGAAUGGGAGACCAAGGAUACUAUUAUAAUCGAAAAGCUACCAUACGGAGAAGUACAUUCCGCCUAUUCUCUUCUUGAAUUCCCGGAUUCCGGAGCAAUUGCUGGAUCAUUGGGAGCUAUUUUGAAGUUUAAGGUGAUGGAUGUGGAUCCGACGUCUGGAGAGCCAGAUUCAGAUGACACUUAUGAUCAAACCUAUGUGUUGGAAGAAGUCGAUGUGAACGUGUCGGAUUCUGUUCAGAGUGUUGCUAAAACAGCAUUUGCGUCAGCCUGGGAAGCACUAGGAGAUGAUGCAACAAGGGAAGAGACAUUCCAGCUGUCAACUGUUGAAAACAUUCCUGAUGCUGUCAAGAAAGUAUCCGAAAUUCUUGGUCUCGUUCCGUGUGAAAGAUCAGAUCGGGUACCUGAAGGAAAAACACAACAUACUGUUUAUCUCUCCGGAGUUUUCCGUGGAGGAUAUGACGUUCUUUCUAAAGCAACUGUCGCCAUUGACCCAAGUGAUAACUCUAUUGCAAUGAACAUAAUAAUCAAAUCGAAUGAACCACUCGUGUCCGAUCUGGUUAUCUCUGCUGUCGUAUAA